CUGAUGAUCCAAGUGUGCAGCCUCGACUAUUCGUCGUUGGAGUAACCUUAGAGCCCUUAGAGACGACUACGGCUUUCGAACUCCGACUCAGCAGCAGUCUAUGUAUAAGAGCCUCAUUGUCGGCCUCGUGUACUUAUCUCCAUCAUCUUGACAGUCACUGACGACAGAAUACUCAAAAUCGACUCAGAGAUGAAGACAACAAACAGUGUCUCGGACGAGAAGAUGAAAGAAGAUUCAAAAGAAAUAUCCAGCGAGAAGUACAGGAAGGGCAGCGAAAGUCCUGCCAGGCCGGUACACCACUUCGGGGAAUAUCCCGGAGCGCCUUUCGGGACAACAUGGAAGAAUCGCACAGAAUGUUUUAAUGCUGGCGUGCAUCACAACAUUGAAGCUGGUAUAAGCGGCACUGAGGCAGAUGGCGCCUUCUCAAUUGUCGUCUCGGGUCAAUACAAAGAUGACAAGGAUGACGGGGACACGAUCUUAUAUACAGGUUCAGGGGGUCGCAAGCUCGGUGAUCGUACGCGCGAGCUGACUCGUGACCAGCAAUGGUCGGAUUUUGGAAACGAAGCACUUCGUAGAACUUCUGAAACAGGCAAACACGUGCGCGUCAUUCGGGGCUACGAGCUUGAUUCUGAAUUUGCGCCAUGGAAAGGCUUCCGGUAUGAUGGCUUGUACAUCUGUAAAGCUGCGUGGAAAGAGAAGGAUAGAGACGGUUAUUAUGACAUCUGUCGUUAUAUCAUGGAGAGGGUUCCAGACCAACCACCCUUACGUCGUCGUUCAACGACUGUCGGCCUUUACAAGCCAUUACCGGGCUCCGAAACCGUGCAGCCGCCAGCGCCAGUGCCAGUAACUGGACGCCAAAGAAUCAGGCAACGGGAGCAGGCGCGGAUAAACAACAUGGAUACGUUUCUAGUAAAGAGCUCCCCGCCCCCUGUAGAAAGGCUGAACGCUGAGCUCGCUUGCAAAAGCAUGCUGUCCGGUGCUCCUGUGUCUACCACGCGCAAGCGCAAGCUCGCCGGAAAUCAACGAGAGAAAGUGAGGGGCUCGUACGGUAUCCCCCGAGUGAAAGUGCGAUAUCAUUCUGAUGACGACGAAGUGCUGUGAGGAAGAAGAUGAGGCAGAUGUAAUAAGGACUUUUGAAUAUUGUACCAAAUAACCACUAUGAUAUGUAGCUGCAACUUUCGAUGCAUU